UCGGUGAUCGGCCUGAAAAUUGAAAUCGGUGCACCCCUAGAGAUUACAGUUCCUCAUGUCUUCACAUAUUUGAUUACAUGUCUGUAAUUUUGUCCUUACAAAGAAGUCAAGAUCUAAAUGUGAAGAAUGAGCUGUGCCGUUAGUUUGGCACAAGCUUUUUGCAUCUUUUAUAGCUCACUCUUACAUAUUAGUUUUAGGUUAAGGAAAGUAAACUACAGUCUAACUUGAAAAUCUUGACUUAUUUAUUUCUUAUUAUUUUCUAGAACAAAUAAUUGGGAAUGUGCACUACAGAGUCAGAUAAGUUUAUUCUUAGUUUUGUGGUUAUGUCCCAAGAAGCAGCAUUGUGUUUGAGUGCCAUAGAUCAUUGCAGCACAGGUGGUAUACUGUUGUGUGUGACUUCAAACCCUUUUCCAAAGUGUUACUAAUGGUAAAGAGAAAUUUUCUAGGCUUCUUUUCUGCCGGUUGAAGUCUGACUGCAGAUGGACCCUUGGCACUGAAAGUGGGGCAAAACUCCGGACCCCAAGCUUCAGAUCAGGUCAUAUGUGGACGUCAUGAUGGAGCAGAACCUGUCCAAGGAGGAGAGAGAGAUUCGUCAGCAGUUGGCAGAAAAGGCUAAAUCUGGAGACCUAAAAGCUGUCAAUGGGGCUGCUGCUGCCGCCGCCGCCGCUGCCCAAGCUGCCGCUAAACGUAAGCGCCGUUGGGACCAGACGGCCGACCAGACCCCGUCCAAUGCCACGCCCAAAAAGAUAUCCAACUGGGACCAAGCUGACUCCUCUGCUGAGACUCCAGGACACACUCCUGCACACACACCCUCAAACAGCCGAUGGGAUGAAACCCCUGGCCGCCCUAAAGGCAGCGAGACCCCAGGAGCCACUCCCAGUUUCUGUAUGUGGGACCCCACUCCCAGCCACACCCCUGCUGGUGCUGCCACCCCCGGCAGGGACACACCUGGCCAUGCCACACCCGGACACGGUGGAGCCACGGGAAGCGUUCGCAAAAACCGCUGGGACGAAACCCCUAAAACUGACAGGGAGACUCCAGGACACGGCAGUGGCUGGGCUGAAACCCCACGCACAGACAGAGGAGAGGAGUCUGUGGGCGAGACCCCGACACCCGGAGCCAGCAAGAGGAAGUCUAGGUGGGAUGAAACCCCUGCCAGUCAGAUGGGUUCUUCAACGCCUCUGCUGACCCCAGGAAAAACUCCACUGGGCACACCAGCCAUGAACAUGGCCACACCAACACCUGGACAUCUGAUGAGCAUGACUCCAGAGCAGCUGCAGGCCUGGAGAUGGGAGAGGGAGAUCGAUGAGAGGAACCGACCUCUUACAGACGACGAGCUCGACGCCAUGUUCCCAGAGGGAUACAAGGUGUUGCCCCCUCCGGCCGGUUACGUUCCAAUCCGUACGCCAGCCCGUAAGCUGGCAGCCACGCCCACUCCCAUUGGAGGCAUGACCGGCUUCCACAUGCAGAUCGAGGACCGCACCACCAAACAGAUGAACGACCAGCCUUCAGGGAACCUGCCCUUUCUCAAACCUGAUGAUAUCCAGUACUUUGACAAACUCCUGGUGGAGGUGGACGAGGCAACCCUGAGCCCCGAAGAACAGAAGGAAAGGAAGAUCAUGAAGCUGCUGCUGAAGAUAAAAAAUGGAACACCGCCCAUGAGAAAGGCCGCUCUGCGUCAGAUCACAGACAAAGCUCGUGAAUUUGGAGCAGGUCCGCUCUUCAACCAGAUCCUGCCGCUGCUCAUGUCGCCCACCUUGGAAGACCAGGAGCGCCACCUGCUGGUCAAAGUCAUCGACCGUAUUCUCUACAAGCUGGACGACCUGGUCCGGCCGUACGUGCACAAGAUCCUGGUGGUGAUCGAACCGCUGCUCAUCGAUGAGGACUAUUACGCUCGAGUUGAAGGCAGAGAGAUCAUCUCUAACUUAGCGAAGGCUGCCGGUUUGGCCACCAUGAUUUCCACGAUGAGACCCGAUAUCGACAACAUGGACGAGUACGUCAGAAACACGACGGCCCGAGCCUUCGCCGUGGUGGCCUCGGCCCUCGGCAUCCCCUCCCUCCUACCUUUUCUCAAAGCCGUCUGCAAAAGCAAGAAGUCGUGGCAAGCGCGGCACACCGGCAUCAAGAUCGUGCAGCAGAUCGCCAUCCUGAUGGGCUGCGCCAUUCUGCCUCACCUGCGCAGUUUGGUGGAAAUCAUCGAGCACGGUCUGGUGGACGAGCAGCAGAAGGUGAGGACCAUCAGCGCUCUGGCCAUAGCUGCCCUGGCUGAAGCGGCCACACCGUACGGCAUCGAGUCCUUUGACUCUGUGCUGAAGCCGUUGUGGAAGGGCAUCAGGCAGCACAGAGGAAAGGGUCUGGCUGCGUUCCUCAAAGCUAUCGGUUAUCUGAUCCCACUGAUGGAUGCAGAGUACGCCAACUACUACACAAGAGAGGUGAUGUUGAUCCUCAUCAGGGAGUUCCAGUCUCCUGACGAGGAAAUGAAGAAGAUCGUGCUGAAGGUGGUGAAACAGUGUUGUGGAACAGAUGGUGUGGAAUCAAACUACAUAAAAACAGAGAUCUUGCCGCCUUUCUUCAAGCACUUCUGGCAGCACAGGAUGGCUCUGGACAGACGCAACUACAGACAGCUGGUGGACACCACGGUGGAGCUGGCUAACAAAGUGGGAGCAGCAGAGAUCAUUUCUCGCAUCGUUGAUGACCUGAAGGACGAAGCCGAGCAGUACAGGAAGAUGGUGAUGGAGACCAUUGAAAAGAUCAUGGGGAACCUGGGUGCAGCCGACAUCGACCACAAGCUGGAGGAGCAGCUGAUCGACGGCAUCCUGUACGCCUUCCAGGAGCAGACCACGGAGGACUCUGUGAUGCUGAACGGUUUCGGGACGGUCGUGAACGCCCUCGGGAAACGUGUGAAACCUUACCUGCCCCAGAUCUGCGGUACGGUGUUGUGGCGUCUCAACAACAAGUCGGCCAAAGUCCGUCAGCAGGCGGCGGACCUCAUCUCCCGCACGGCGGUGGUGAUGAAGACCUGCCAGGAGGAGAAACUGAUGGGUCACUUGGGGGUGGUCCUGUACGAGUACCUGGGAGAGGAGUACCCCGAGGUGCUGGGCAGCAUCCUGGGAGCGCUGAAGGCCAUCGUUAACGUCAUCGGCAUGCACAAGAUGACUCCACCGAUCAAAGACCUGCUUCCUCGUUUGACACCCAUCUUGAAAAACCGGCACGAGAAAGUCCAGGAGAACUGCAUCGAUCUGGUGGGCAGGAUCGCCGACAGGGGAGCUGAAUAUGUAUCGGCCAGGGAGUGGAUGAGGAUUUGUUUCGAGCUGCUGGAGUUGCUCAAAGCUCACAAGAAGGCCAUCCGCAGAGCCACCGUCAACACGUUCGGUUACAUCGCCAAAGCCAUCGGGCCUCACGACGUGCUGGCCACUCUGCUCAACAACCUGAAGGUUCAGGAGCGUCAGAACAGGGUCUGCACCACGGUGGCCAUCGCCAUCGUGGCUGAAACCUGUUCUCCGUUCACGGUGCUGCCGGCGCUCAUGAACGAGUACCGAGUCCCCGAGCUCAACGUGCAGAACGGCGUCCUCAAGUCCCUCUCUUUCCUGUUCGAGUACAUCGGAGAGAUGGGCAAAGACUACAUCUACGCCGUCACGCCGCUGCUGGAGGACGCCCUAAUGGACAGGGACCUGGUCCACAGGCAGACCUCCAGCGCCGUGGUCCAGCACAUGUCUUUGGGCGUCUACGGUUUUGGCUGCGAGGACUCUCUGAACCACCUGCUGAACUACGUGUGGCCCAACGUCUUCGAGACGUCUCCUCACGUCAUCCAGGCGGUCAUGGGCGCCCUGGAGGGGCUGAGGGUCGCCAUCGGGCCCUGCCGCAUGCUGCAGUACUGCCUACAGGGUCUGUUCCAUCCAGCUCGCAAAGUGAGGGACGUCUACUGGAAGAUCUACAACUCCAUCUACAUCGGCUCCCAGGACGCCCUGAUCGCUCACUACCCACAGGUCUACAACGACGAGAAGAACGUGUACGUGCGCUACGAGCUGGAGUACGUUCUGUAAAUACACCCGGAUCAGCACCUUCAGGUCCCUUUUUAUUUAGUGUCGCUCUCGUUCGAGUUUAAAAUUCAGAGUUGAGGAAAUCUGGACGUCUUUUUGUAUUUUUUACUUUGAGUGUUUUUGCUGUAAGAGGAGCUCAGGGUCGUUAGGACGGCAGCCGUCUCCGUAUCUUUGACAUUUCUGCAUUAUGUUCUCUGUGAAUUGAUAAAACUUCUGAACCUCCUAUUCUUAUUAGAUUCAUGCUUUAUUUAACCAAAUAAAAGAUUUGUGUAUAAA